GAUAGGGGGGGGGGGGCGCGCUGGGCCCCCCCAGGCUGACGAUGGCCUGACCGGGUCCCCGCAGCCCCCCAGCACGGCCCCCUCCCCGUGCCCAGCGGGCGGCGGGCGAUGCGGCUCGGCGGUGACGGAGGUUUCGGGGCAGGAUGCUGAGGACGGAGGCAGCGAGCGGGGCCGCAGCCCCGGGGGGCAGCGGGGGGACCCCGGGCGGCGGGGCGGGCAGCGGGGGGUUGAGGAGCGCAUCCCCGCACCGCAACGCGUACGAGGCGACCAUCCAGGCCCUGAAACCCACAAAGGAUGCCGAGGGUGAGGACGGCAAGAAAGCCCGCAGCAAGAAGUAUGGCUCCAACGUCCAUCGCAUCAAGAACAUGUUCCUGCAGAUGGGGACGGCGCCGGGCCCCGAGGGAGCGUGCGACUUGGCCAAGGGCAAGGAGAAGCCGGUCCGACUGUCCCUGCCCCGCACCGGCAGCCUGAGCGAUGGCAUGGAGCAGGGCAGCACCCUAAAGCUGGGCACCAGCGUGUCCGAGAGGGUGAGUCGCUUCGACUCCAAGCCCGACAAACCCUUCUCCAAGCUGCAGGAGACAAGGAAGAUCUUCGAGAGGAGCCCGCAGGAGAAGGAGACCACCACCAAACUGCUGCUGCGCAAAGAACGCGCCGGCUUCCAGGACCGUAAGCUGGACGUGGUGGUGAAGUUCAAUGGCAGCACUGAGUCUUUGGAUAAGCUGGACACCGAGGCCGUGUCGCCCACUGUCAGCCAGCUGAGCGCUGUGUUUGAGAAGGCUGACCUGAGGAACAACCUGCAUAAGACCCCGGGGCGCACGGGGCCGCUCAACUCCAAGCUGGUGAGCAAAAGGUCCCGCGUCUUCUUGCAAGGAGAUGGUGGCAAAGCUGAUGGCGGUGCAGAAGGAAGCGCUGGGACCACACGGCCACGACCUGCAGAGGAGGAGAAAGUGAUGGGCAAAGCCCCGAGGUCGGGGGAGAAGGAUGGGAGCGUCCCGCGGGUGCAGGAGGUCUGCAAGAUCAAACCCGUGGAGGUGGAGGAGAGUGGAGAGUCGGAGGCGGAGGUGGAGGUGAAGGAGCCCACGGCUGUAAGUGAAGUGGCCAAAGGGGCCGAAGGGCUGGUGGCCCCCGAACCGUGCCUGGAUGGGGGCGAGGAGCCCCCCGACACCAAGGAGGGAGGAAAGGGUGAGAGGGUGGAGGAGAGCGAGCUGUAUGAUGAGUCCAAGAAGGAGGACUUCUCCGAGGCGGACCUGGUGGACAUAAGUGCCUACAGUGGGCUCGGGGAGGACUCGGGGGGCAGCGGGUUGGAUGAGGAUGAGGAGGCGGAUGGGCUGUAUGAGCCUGAAUCCAGCUGCAUGGAGAUCCCUGGGCUGUCCGAGGAAGAGGAGCCCGUCCCCAACCGCAAGAUCCAGUUCAGCACGGCGCCCAUCCAGGUCUUCAGCACUUACUCCAACGAGGACUACGACCGCCGCAAUGAAGAUGUUGACCCCAUGGCUGCGUCAGCAGAGUAUGAGCUGGAGAAGAGGGUGGAGAGGCUCGACCUCUUCCCUGUGGAGCUGGAGAAAGAUGCUGCAGGGCUGGGGAUCAGCAUCAUCGGCAUGGGCGCAGGGGCAGACAUGGGCCUGGAGAAGCUGGGCAUCUUCGUCAAGACAGUGACUGAGGGAGGGGCAGCCCACCGGGAUGGCAGGAUCCAGGUGAACGACCUCAUCGUGGAGGUGGAUGGCACCAGCCUGGUGGGGGUGACUCAGAGCUUCGCUGCCUCCGUGCUCAGGAACACCAAGGGCCGAGUCCGGUUCCUCAUCGGGAGGGAGAAGCCGGGUGAGCAGAGUGAGGUGGCCCAGCUGAUCCAGCAGACGCUGGAGCAGGAACGGUGGCAGCGGGAGAUGAUCGAGCAGCGCUACACUCAGUACACUGAGGAUGAUGAGGAGACAGGGGAAUACGCCACUGAUGAGGAGGAGGAGAUGAGCCCCAUGUUCCCCAGCAGCGAGAUGGCCAUCGAGGUGUUUGAACUGGCUGAGAACGAGGACACGCUCUCCCCAGUUGAGAUGGACCCUGAGAAGCUGGUUCACAAAUUCAAGGAGCUCCAGAUCAAGCAUGCUGUCACUGAGGCGGAGAUCCAGCAGCUGAAGAGGAAGCUGCAGUGCUUCGAGCAGGAGAAGGCACGAUGGCGGGCUGAGAAAGCCCAGCUGGAGCAGAGCGUGGAGGAGAACAAAGAGCGCAUGGAGAAGCUGGAGGGAUACUGGAUCGAGGCCCAAACCCUGUGUCAUACGGUGAACGAGCACCUCAAGGAGACACAAAGCCAGUAUCAAGCUCUGGAGCGCAAGUACAGCAAGGCCAAGCGGCUCAUCAAGGAGUACCAGCAAAAGGAAAUCGAGUUCCUGAAGAAGGAGACGGCUCAACGGAGGGUACUGGAAGAGUCAGAGCUGGCACACAAGGAGGAGAUGGAGAAGCUGCAGGAGAAGAUCUCCGAACUGGAGGCCAAGCUGCAGACCUUGAAAAAUUCCAACCCGACUUAA